AUGACCUCGGAAAUUGAAGCAACGCAUGUGGAUAUUUUCACAGAAUAUGACAAUCUUGUACGUUUGGAAGGUAAGAAUUUAUUAAUGAAUUAGAUGCCAUAGAAAUAUUCUCAUUUUAACAAUGUUUCUUGGCGUUCUUCCUAAAGUGAGAGUCGUGAACAUAGGGUUUGGUGAAUAUUCUACUAAACAAUUAUAAUCUUAGAAAAUCUCAAACUGAUCUGACCCUUCCAAAGCCAAACAGAGAAUUUCUCAAAAGAAGAUGCUUGUGAUGUUACUCUGAGUGUAUAUCCACACCGGGCAGGCUUGAAAAAUAUGCCUGGCCAUGGUGGCCAUAUAGCGGUGCUUAUCUUUGGAAUAACCUUCCGCUUGAAGCUAAGCAAGCUCAAUCAAUUUAUAAAGCAAGCUUAAUCAAGUUGUAUAAAACAAAAUUUUUGAUGUUAAUAACGGAGUCUGUCUGGAUUCAGUUAAUCACAUCUUUAUCUGGGACACACCAUCGUGGAUUAGAGUAGCUUUUCAUAACGUACAUAUAGUAGUAGUUUCCUUCCUUUUUAUAUUCUUUGUAAUAUUUUUUAUACGGACGUCCCCCGUGGAAAUCAACUUUUGUAGUUGUCGGGGCUAGCGUCGCUAAUUAAAUAAAGUGUGUAUGUAUAUAUAUGCAUCCUCUGCUGCCUACACUACUAUACUACUAAUAAUAUUCCUAUCUAACCAAUAUUCCUAUCUAACCAUCUAAAGUUACGUUUCUCAAAUUUGGUACAUGCAAUGAUAACUAACUGUAGAAGCUACUGUUUUAACCAAAAUUCACCAUCUAUUAACCUGUAGUCGCAACAUCUUUUAUGUGUUUGCAAUAGGUUUGUAGCAAGCUUGUUAACAAGUUGUGACAGUGAGAUUUAACGACAGUCGGACCGUUUAAAUCAGGAGCUCCCAAAAUAUCAUAUUUCUCAUCUCAAAUGUCCAAAGAAGAAAAGUGUGUUCGCAUUUUUUGAGAGCCAUUGUAUUCGCUUUGAUAUAAAGCAGACAAUUUGACUUAUCUUGCGCGGGUAUAAGUAGUUGAAGAGAUGCUUCUACUAAAAUUGAAAAUAAUGCACUAAAUCGAAAACGCGAACAUCUUUUUGGUCCUUUAUUAUUGGUUAACAUUGUGGUCAAGUUUGGGAAGAAUCGGAUAAAACGCUCUGUAGCUAAACUCUUUUUUGUCGAGGAGAUUGGGUAAUUUUGUUUUCUCUUCAAACGACCAUAUGGCCACUCCAAAUUAGACUUUAGUUUCCCGUCCUCCGCCCGCGUCUCCUAGAACUGGCCGCAUGAUUUGUCCAUUACUGCUAACUUGUUUCCAUUAUUUGACUUUUGUGACAAACAAUUACGAAAAACCACAGUUUUCAAAUAAUCUAUUGUUCAAGAAAUACAUAUUUAUGAUACAACACGUAAAAAUCGAAAUAAAAUUCUUGAAACUUUUAUCAAAGAGCGUGAAUUUUUUUCCGUUUUCACUACGAACUGCUGAGCUACACACGUCAAAACCGAUAAGGCUAAUAUCCUGGCUUUCAUUUCUGCAUACAAAAAAUCUAAAACAUUGCGUAGAAACGUGGCUGAAUGGAUAUUUAAAACGUAUCUAUUUCAUGAAAUAAUGGGCCCUGUUUCAUCUUUGAGACACCAUAAUGGAUAAUCGAAAUGGACCGCCCGCCCGCGUGUAAUUUGAAAUAAGGGCCGGACGGGAAACUAAAGUCUAAUUUGGAGUGUUUGGCGAGGUUUCCACUCUUUCUGUCAUUUUAAUCCCCAAUGUUAAUCCACAUGUGACCUCUUGCGGUUAGCCAAUCACAAACAACCAAAAUUAUAGAAUAGAAUUGCAAGUUUCACGCGAAGCUAUAUUCAGUGGAAUCAGUGGUCAUAGCAUUUCCCCCUAUAUAUCUAACACUCUUAAAAAAGUUGCUGGAAUUGAGAGAUAUAUCAUUAUUAUAUAAUUAUGGACAAAAAUCAGAGUUCAGCAUCAUAUAAUAUGAUAUAAUAUAACAUGUAAACCUUAUCAAUUCAGUAUAUAUAGACUAUAUACUGCAAAUCAAGGUAUUGAAUAAAACCUUCUAUCUCCAACCGAGGGUUACAUAAUUAUGACCCCUGUGGUCGAAGGCCUUCGAAACACAGGGGAUGAGCCGUUGAUGUGAAGUGUAGUCUUAAUAUAAUAUAAGAAACACUACAAUAACCCUGGGUUUAUUUUAACGUGCAGAUCUACACAAAAUGUGCAGUUCUAAACCUAUUUGUGCAGUACGUUCUUAAAACUCAAAUGUGCAGUCACCAAAUUAACAAAAAUAUAACCUCAAAACAGUCUCCUCAUUUUAAUACUCGUUUUCCUUGUGGAUGCUCCAGAUGCCAGAAAUUCUGUCAUUGAGCAUCAAAAAUCUAAAUGUUUUCUGGGAGAGGAUCACCAGACUCUCAUAUUUUUCUCACAAAUCACAUACGUGCUGGGGGUAAUGGAACAGGAGGUUAGGAGGUAAAAUUGGUGCGAGCGAAGCUAUCCAGAAGAGAUUAGAGUGGGAGAACCUAAUAUUCUUAAGGUUAUUAUAUAUUGAGUAUUCAUGAUUCAUGUUUUGAAACAGUUUUUGUGGGUGGUUUGGUGAAACAAAUCUUUGCCAGAAUUUACGAGCCUCUAAAUUCAAAAUUUGGGGGGACACCCCCUACCUGUGGCUCCCCCACCCAGAAUCGAGUUUGUCUGGCCCCACCCAACCACACCUUUAUUCUGCCACCUAUAUACAAAUUAGGUUUUCGGAUUGUCGGAUUUCACAGAAAAAAUUGUUCGGAUUUCGGAUCUGGCGAAUAUUUUACACGGAUUUGCGGAUCUUAUUAAUACAGCGGAUUGCGGAUUUAUCUAAUAUUUUGGCUCGGAUUGUGGAUUUAGUAUGCAAUUUAGUUCGGAUCCUGGAUUGUGACUUCAUAGUAGAGCUUUUAGCGGAUUCAAAUUUAGACAAGACUAUUGUCGGAUCGCGGAUUUUGCUUCAAAUUUAGGCGGAUCGGCGGAUUUGUAUCCCCGUAUUCACCCAAUUUACAAUCAUAAAUUUACAACGUUAAAUAUAGAUAAACAUUCUUUGACACACCAGUCAAACAUGUGAUGCUUCGUAAUAUCCUAAAUAUGUGCAGUUCUAAAUUUUUCCUUAAAAUAAACCCUGCAUGAACCAAGGCAAAUUUUACAUGAUAUUAUACUCUAUUAUUUUUUAAUAAAUUUGUUACAUAUCUGAGAAUAAAUUGGGGUAUUUACAUUUAACAAUUAUUCGCCAAAGGCGAGGUGAUUAUCGGCGAAUAAAAACCGACUCGAAGUCGAGGUUUUUAUUCACGAUAAUCACCUGAUGGGCUGAGGUGAAUAAUUGUUUUAGUAUAAUUUCAUAUGUCAUUAUUUUGAUAAAAAUUAAAAAUUCCAAUUUCUUCUUCAUUUAACUUACGAAACGGUUUCGGCCGCCUUUUCGAAAAUUAUUAUCUCGUUCUAAUCACCUCAACGGCAACCAAUCAGCGUGGAGAGUUUUCAAUAAUCACCAAUGUAAUUAUAAUAAAGGGUACGCGGCCUGCACAGACUUGUCCUUUUUUCUCUAUACUCUAAAACCAAAAACUAAUCCAUUCCACUUGAAAUGAACUGUGUGAUAUGACAGACAUGUAUCGUAUUCAUAUCUCGCUAUGCAGUUUAGCGUCACGGUUAAGAACUCAUGAACAGCGAGACACGAAUCUUCGCGAGAAGCUGUUCGUAAUUAAAACGGUCGAUGACGGUUUUUUUUUAUAUGUAGAUUUCAGAAAAAUAACUGUUAUGGGAAUUUAAUAUAUUCUGCUGUAGUAUUCCCACGCUUUAAAAUCGACUACGUAAUGUUUAUGUAUAGGUUAUCUUACCUCGCUCUAUUUACUUCAGAGUCAAUACCAAACGGUGAACGGGAUUGGCAAGAACCUCAAUUUGUUGACAACAAUCCUACAUUUGAAACGUACGUAUGUUUUAGCUGACGUAUGGCUGCCAUUGCAGAGAGGGAUUUUGUAACUUUCUUUGUUACUUACAAUAUAUGGACUUGCAUGUAUUUGGUGGCAUAUUUUGUCUUUUCAGCUUCUCCUGUAACUGUGUUGUUAUUUUUCAAUUAUUACUUCAUGCAGUAUUUAGAUUUUCAACCAUUCGUUAAGUUUGGGAGGGGGAGGGGGGCAAAAACACUCCUAAGCUACAAAAUCAUGGCGAAUAGCUGACAAAUUAUGGAGUUUCUUCGCUUCUUGUAUCUCUAAUUUAUUUUGAGUUUCUUUCAACACUGAUAAACAGUCGAGUAAAGUUUGAUUAAUAUUUCCUUCUCUUCCAGGACUGCACUAGCACAAUCUGCUUUGCCAAUGAGCCCGCCAAAUUCCUGUCCAGUAACACCAACCUCACUUACGGAGAGAAACUUUGAAAUAAAAGAAGCGG